UUAGUAAAGAAACAAAUUUAAAAUUAAUCUUUGGUAUAAAUUUAUUGAUAAUUGGUUCGUAUAUUUGUGGAAAUAAACGUGGAAAGAUUUAAUUUGUGAAAUGUUUUAUUAGCAUAAAUAAAUUUUGGUUCAUUUCACCUAAUUUAACCUCACUUUUACCCCUCCCGCUUAAAACGCCAAAAUUCGUUUAUGAUGGAUGUGACAUUCGGUGUUAAAAACCUAGAUCUUGUUAAAAAUUAAUACGAUUAGAACAUGGAUCCUUCAGACACUGCUUUAUAUUUACAAAAAAUCGAAGAACUUGUUUAUGACCAUGGAGAUAUAAUUACUCCAACAUUAUUAAGCGCUAAAUGGGAUAUAAAUGUAAGCGAUGCUCGAUCAUUAAUUGAACAGUAUGUAAAAGACACCAGAAAAUCAAAAGGGGAUGAUCUAGCUGCAACCUAUGUCUUAAUUGGAACAAAUACAGCUGGAAAUGUAUGUUUUGAAGUUGUUAAGGAAAAUGAAUUAAUUGGGAAGAAAAAAUUAUUGAAAAAUGUUAUUUCUGAAUUUAUUAAUAGUAUACAAAAAAGUAAAGAUAUUGAAUUGAAUGCUUUAGCCAUAUUGGAACCUAUUGGAGCAUUUUCUAUGAGAGAUAAACCUUUAUUGGGUUCUAUUGUAAGUAGAAAUGCUGUUAAACGAAAUUUUAAAGCUAAGUUAACCAAAGAUAUUCCAAGAAAAGAAGUAUUAAAAGAAGUUAAAAAAGAUGAAGAACAAUCUAGGGGUAAUAAAGGAAUUCAGAAAAAUGGUGGUUUAUCAAAUUUUAUUGUAAAAGAUACGAACAAGUCAGCAGUAAAACCACCAAUUCCUCCAAAAGCAAAACCUAAAAAUCUGAUAGCUAGUUUUCUUAGUAAACAACCCAGCAAACCAAACAUUAAACAGCCAGAAAACACAAUUCAAGAUGCAAGAGAAAAGAAGCCUGAUAUCUUACAUCAAGUGAAUGAAAGUAAUCUUUUAAAAAAGAAUACCACCACCGAGUUAAAUAAAAAACAUAAAUUAAUCGAUACUGAUAGUGAUGAAGAAGUUCCAGUGUCAAAGAUACCAAAAACCAAAACCCCAAAACAAAAACGAAAGAAAAGAAAUGCUAAAGAUAAAGGGAACCAAGAAAAUAAAAGGAGAAGGAUUAUUACUCAAGACUCAGACAGUGAUGAUAUGUUUGCAUGUGAUGAUGAAAAAAUGAGUGAAGAUGAAGAUAUAAUAACAUCUGAUCAAGAAGCUCCUCCACCAAAACUAGUGGUACCCUCAAAAAGAAAAGUUAGAAAAGCUGUUACUGAAUUAGUAGAAGAUGGUGAUGGAUACUUUAAAACUGUUAAUACAUUUACUUAUGAAAGUGCAUCAGAUGAAGAACAGGAUGAAAAGCAAAAUAACCAAAAUGAUGAGAAUAAAGAAAUUAAAGGUAAAGUUCAAGAUAAUGUGGUUAAAAACAAAAAUGUUUCUCCACCUAGAACAGUGAAAAAUGGAAAAGGAAAAAUUCAAAAACUUGCCCAAAAUCAAAAGUCGAUUACAAGCUUUUUUAAUAAGAAGUAAUUAUGGCUUAAGUAUGUGUAAUUAUUAGAAUGUGUUUUUAGUCUUUAUUUAUGCUACAUAAUUGUCAUUAAAAAUUCUUUUUAUUCAAA